AUGAAACCACCAAUGAUAAAAACAAACUGGCUGCUGCAGCUCUUCAAGCAGUUAAAGAUUUUGCACUUUGGCAGCUGGCCAGAAAACGUUGAGGUCAAAGAAAUACGAGACUUUGAUGGUGAGGAAGUUGAAAUGAAGAAGCUCAUUGAUGCCAACUCUGAUAAAGGCAAAGCGUCUAUUGGCCCUACAUCAGUUGUUGACGUUGUUCUUGAACAAAUAAGAAAGAAGCCAAAGCUGAGCGUACUUGACAUGAUGAAGAAGACUGGGGAGAGUACAAGGAUGAAAACAAAGAAAGGAGGUGAUGAGAAUCAUGUAGCCUUCCAUGGUGAUUCUCCUAGUGAGGGGAAUGAGCUAAUCCUUCAUUCUAGUUUUGGAAUGCCAAGUUUACUUUGCAGGCCAAUGAAGGAAGAAAGGAUGGCUCUUGACUACCAAUGUGAUAGGGAGUUUGUUCAAGAAAGCUAUAAUCAAGAUGAUGAGAAUGUUAUUAACUUUGGGGUUCAAACCAAAGGAGAUGAUGACCUCAUGGAAAUAAGUGCUCAAGAGUAUCAAAAGAGUUUGACUCUUUUUGAGAAUUUAGGAGUCUUAUGUGAUCGUUUUGAAGUAAAAAAAGUACCCUCGUAUGCUGGAAUGUUGCAAGUGUCAUUGCCUUUGUUUUACGGUUGCCAUAGAGACUAUGAUACUUGGGAGAAGAGCAUAGAGAACUUAUUUGUAUUGCUUAACAUAGAGAAAGAGAGUGAGAAAAUAGCCUUAGCUAUAGGUUGUUUUUGUUCUAGUGCUUUGAAUUGGUGGAAGCUAGUUUCAAAUAUCUAUUCGCAUCAUUGGUAUUAUAAUUUGGAUGAUUGGCAUGAUUUGAGGAACGCUUUGCGAGAAAGAUAUGCUGGUACUAACACCUUUGAUGAAGCAAAAGUGAAGUUUCUCAAUUGUAAGCAGAAUGGUAGAUCCGUUCAAUCUUACUUUGAGGAGUUAGAAGACUUGUUUCUCAGUUCGGGGGUGGAUGAGAAUGACUACAUGUUGACAGAUCAUUUUCACUAUGGCUUGGACAAGGGGUUCAAACAACACCCAAAGAUAAGGAGGCAAUCAAGGCUCUAUGAGGCAUAUUAUGCUGCCUUAGAUGUGGAGAGAGAGCAUGAUACUUCUUGUGGUUGGAAUGGUCCAAUUAAGGAUCAAGGGUUGGUGUUUGGCGCUGAAGAUGGUGAUCAACGGACAUGUAUCUUCCGUACUAAGUGUUCGGUUGGGUGGUCCAAUGAAGUUGAUUUGGUAAUCGAUGGUGGAUCAAGCACUGACUGUUUAGAGGUUGAUGAUUCGAGGACGAAUCCUCUUAAAGAAGGAGGGGAUGAUGAGAAUCAUGUAACCUUCCAUGGUGAUUCUCCUAGUGAGGGGAAUGAGCUAGUUCUUCAUUCUAGUUUUGGAAUGCCAAGUUUACUUUGCAGGCCAAUUAAGGAAGAAAGGAUGGAUCUUGACUACCUAUGUGAUAGGGAGUUGGUUCAAGAGAGCUAUGAUCAAGAUGAUGAGAAUUUCAUUAACUUUGGGGUUCAAACCAAAGGAGAUGAUUCACUCAUGGAAAUAAGUGCUCAAGGGUAUCAAAGGAGUUUGACUCUAGGUGCUCCAUGA